UUACAGAAAAUGUUUCCUUGACUGAAGUAGUCCCAUUUACGCCCCGCCAUUACCGUCCGGAACAUCUGCCAAAAGACUCAUUGAAUGGGAAGCAAACCUUUUUCAACGUUUAGCCUACCACGUGACUAUCACAUCUUCUAUCUGGACUCCGCAAGCUGUCCUGGUAAUUUUAUCACAAAACCGAGGAGCUUGUGCAAACUGGUGCGCGUGGAAAAAGAUAACUAACGCCGAAGAUGGAUGUUGUGCAUUUUUCCAUUGGUAGUAUCUUGUCGAUUGCUCUUCAAGCGCUGUUGUUGUCUUCUUCAUAUGGUUCGUUGGAGCCCUACGACCUUUUAUACAACAAUGCCGUCGAAGCAUUUUACAGAAAAGACUAUAAAGAUGUGGUGCGACACAUGGAGGGUGCGCUCAGAAGCUACGCAGAAGUCCGCCAGACUAAAGUCCGAUGUCGGCUGAGAUGCCAGAACCAGCACCCGUUUGAUUCCGCCUCCAUGGACCUGCAGUUCUUUGACGUGGUUCUCCGAAGAUCCUAUUGUCAGAACGAGUGCAUUGAGGAAAAAGUUGGAACACAGUCCAUGCACAAAAUCAGCGAGGAUGUCAUCCAGGAUUUCCACAGACGAAUCCCGUACAACUAUCUUCAGUUGGCUUAUCAGAAGUUGAAACAGUUGGACAAGGCAGCAGCAGCGGCCCACACCUAUUUCCAGGCAAACCCGGAGAGCGUGGAGAUGGAUCAGAACCUGGAGCAGUACAAGGCUCUGGAGGGCACCGACCUGGACCACUUUGUGGACAGAGAGGCACGGCCACAUCAGCGGUCCUUCUCAGCGGGGGUGAAGCUGUAUGACAAUGCAAACUAUGAGGAGGCCAUCUCCCUGUUCGAGGAGGCCCUCCAGGAGUACUACAGGGCUGACGUGGAGUGUCGGGCCCUCUGCCAGGGGCCCCAGAGGUUCGAGGAGCAGGACCAUAUCCUCUACCGCUACAGCCUCUACCAACUGAUCUCAGACCACUUCACCCAGGUGCUGCACUGUGAACACGAGUGUGUUAGAGACCUGUCCACUCGGCCCGGUCGUCUGUCUCCCAUGGAGAACUACCUGCCUCUGCACUACGACUACCUGCAGUUUGCCUACUACCAGCUUAACAUGGUGGAGGAGGCCUUGGCGUGUGCCCAGUCCUACCUGCUGUUCCACGAGGGGGACGAGUUUAUGACAGAGAACGUGGAGUACUAUAGAGAGGCUAUAGGUCACGACCUCAAACCCCGGGAGAAGGCUGAGUGGUACCUGCGGCGCCAUGAGCAGGAGCUGGAGCUACUGAUGAUCGGCAGUGACAACAUGCACGUGGAGCUUACAGAGGGGCAUUAUUGGACCAGCACAGGAGGCAGAGAGGAUUCUAACCGGAUCCCUUCUGGUACUGAUGGAUGGAUGGAGUACGUGCCCAUCUCAGAGAAGAAGAACUUCACCCUGGCCCCGCCACAGGAGCUCAGAGAAGGAGGGCCCCUGGUGUAUGACAGUGUGCAGCUGAUCCAGAACUCACAGGCCCUGAACGGAACUCAGAGGGUUCUCCUGGAUGAUGUCAUGUCUGUGGAGGAGUGCGCCGAGCUCAAAAACCUGGCCCAUACUAUCACUAUGGCAGGAGAUGGAUACAGAGGGAAGAUGUCUCCUCACACACCCAACGAGAGGUUUGAGGGAGCCACUGUGUUAAAAGCACUGCAGUACGGCUAUGAGGGCCGUGUCCCUCUGAAGAGCGCUCGUCUGUUUUAUGACGUCAGCGAGAGGGCAAGGCGCAUCAUCGAGUCUUACUUCCUGCUCAACUCAACACUUCACUUCUCCUACACACACCUGGUGUGCCGUACCGCCAUCACAGGGCAACAGGACCAUAGAAAUGACUUGAGCCAUCCCAUCCACGCUGACAACUGUCUGUUAGACCCAGAGGCCAACGAGUGCUGGAAAGAAGCACCAGCCUACACCUACAGAGACUACAGUGCUCUGUUGUACCUGAACGGAGACUUUGAGGGCGGGGAGUUCAUCUUCACAGAAAUGGAUGCCAAAACAGUCACAGCUCAGGUGAAGCCAAAGUGUGGUCGUAUGGUGGGCUUCUCGUCCGGAGGGGAGAACCCCCAUGGGGUGAGGGCCGUCACCAGGGGGCAGAGGUGUGCCGUGGCCCUGUGGUUCACCUUGGACCCCCUCUUCAGAGAACUGGAGCGUCUACAGGCUGAUGAGGUGGUGCAGGCAUUGGACAACCAAAGCAGCCAAUCAAAGUGGGACACGAGCCUCAACAUCAACCCCAAAGAUGAGCUGUAGUAGCCAACCAACACCCAGCUCUGCAUCCCCCAAAUCUUUAUGUCUAUUUAUUUAAUGAAGUUUGGAUCAGAACAAUUUUAUUUUUGUACUGUUUGAUGUGCAAGGUUAUAUCGUUGUUGUUCUUAGUUUUGUUGUCGUCUUGGCUUUAGUGUUGUUGUGAUUUUUAUUUCUGUAAAUGCCAGUACUUGAGUUCCCAUUUGGGUCUUAGUUUUUCUCUCUGUUGGGUUGAAACCCAGUCGUUGUACCUCACACUUUAAAGUUUCAGGUAACUUCCAGGUCAUUUCCAGGUCACUUCCAGGUCACUUUGUGAUGAACUUUAAAGUUUCAGGUAACUUCCAGGUCACUUCCAGGUCAUUUCCAGGUCACUUUGUGAUUCAUAUACGAGGUUGUUUCAAUACCACCCUGUCCUACAUAUGUCCAGUUUUUACUGCACUGUGAACCAGCCAAAGAGAAGAAAGCCAGUUGACAUUGUUUCUCUCUGUUAGAAAAAAUAAAUAAAUAAUGUCUGUUUAUGCUUUGGUUUAUAACGUUUAAAACAUGCACUCAUAAAACAAUAUUUCUUUCAGGCGGUGUGAACACAGUAAAUGUUUAUCUAUUUAUUCAUUGAAAUAUUGUCUUGAAUAUGCAUUUACCGAGAGAAAGAUGUCGGGCAUUAUUUUUACAAACAGGGAGCUAUAAUCCUUUUCAGUGACGGACAGUAAUGUCUGAUCUUAUCUGUCCCGACUUUAUGUGCACUUCCUGUUUGUAGUGUGAUAAAGACGUCAUCCCUCCCUAGCUCUGGUCCAUGACGUUAGUGCAUCUUACUAGUGUUAGCAAGCCUUAGUAACGCCUCGGACCAGAGCUAAUCCCUCCGUUCAGUGUAAUCGAACACAGAGUAAGAUAACUGUUUACAAGUUAGCUGACACAAUGGUGUGUGUUUUAAAGAUCGACAGCUGCUAUUGCAAUUGUCGGCAUUUGAUAUUAGAACCUUUUUAAUAAAAGAUGUCAUUUAUUCCUGUUUAAAGGAAUUAUUAUUUUAUGGUGGCGUAAUAAGUGUCCUUUCCUUUCAAAACGUCCUCAUUUCAUGGGUAACAAUAGACAGGCAGGCACAUGCACUGUUAUAGUCCAAUGGAAAGAAUGUGCCUUGUGUGUGUACUGUGAUAUUUCAAUGAUACAACUGCUAACUAAAUGUAACUUAUCAUUUUAAGUUAAUAGAGUAGGGUUUUAGCUUAUCUUUUGAUAGGGAGGAUGGCCACUUGUGUCUAACUAAUAUUUAAAUAUGAAUUGCUGUAUCCAUCUCUGUUGUUGUAAUGUGUACUUAUAAAUUAAAAAGACUAUACUGCAUAAAA